GCUCAAGCGGUGAACAUGUCUGAAACGCGUCUCAAUCUUAAGCGGUACAUAAGCGGUAGCAUUGUGUUCCAUCUGGCGCUGGCCGGGCUCCUCGUAGCGGUGAAUGGUCAGUCGGGAACAUGGAACAAUGGAAAUGGCGGCGUUGGCGCCUGGUCGAAUGCCCAAACGGGCGGAGGCAUGCAUCCGCCGGGGAGCUUGAGCAGCCAGGACCCGCAGUAUAGCUACGGCUAUGCGGGCGUCGACUCCCGUGGCACGUAUGGCGGAGCGGGUGGCAACGGUGGCUACUAUGUGAGCGGCACGGAUGAGCACGGACGGCCCUUCUCCUACAACGGACAGGGGCAGCCCGGACAGCCGGGCUACAACAUGGGAGGCCGACUCGAUCCGGGAUAUCCCGGCAGCUAUGGCUAUCGGGGCGGAGCAGCAACGAUCACCCAUGGCCGUGGUGUCAUCUCGCUGGGCGUGGCCGUGACCCUGGCCCUUGGCGCGGCACUGCUGGGCAGGAGAUCUUGAGGGGGAGUCUUUGUUGGUUUUAUAUUUUUUUUUUGCUUACCUUCUAAGUUUAAUUUAUACAAAUUAUCGAAACGUGUGAAUUGUUCAUUAAAAGAGAAAAGUUCAGAUCGAGAGACAA